AGAGAGUGAGAGAGUGAGUUAGGCUUUGAAAAUGAGUGGAAGCUCAUCGAGUAGCUGCAAAUGGAUUGCACUGUCUAUGCUGCUCUUCGUGUGUCUCUCCGCUGGAGAAGACGGUUUACUAGCAAAUGGUGAUUUCGAAAUGGCUCCGACGAAUGGAUUCUCGAAUGAAGGUAUAGCAGAUGAUCCUACCUCCAUCCCUGAUUGGAAAUUGAAUGGAACAGUAGAGCUGGUAGAAUCAGGGCAAAAGCAAGGUGGUAUGAUCCUUAUAGUACCUCAAGGUAUGCAUGCUGUGAGACUUGGCAAUGAUGCAGAGAUAAGGCAGGAUAUAAAGCUUGAGAAGGGGUUAUUGUAUUCCAUCUCAUUCAACGCUGCAAGGACCUGUGCUCAGUUGGAAUCUCUCAAUAUAUCUGUACCUCCAGCAUCUCAGACCAUUGAUCUACAGACCCUUUACAAUGUGCAGGGCUGGGAUUCAUAUGCAUGGGCCUUCCAAGCUGAAUCAGUUGAUGGAGAGGUGGUUUUCAGGAAUCCUGGAAUGGAAGAUGACCCUACCUGUGGGCCCAUCAUUGACAACAUUGCCAUUAAGAAGCUUUUUACACCUGAUAAACCAAAGGACAAUGCUGUCCUUAAUGGUGACUUUGAAGAAGGACCAUGGAUGUUCAGGAAUGCUUCACUAGGAGUUCUGUUGCCCACAAACCUUGAUGAAGAGACAUCCCCAUUGCCUGGUUGGAUCGUCGAAUCAAACAGAGCUGUUAGGUACAUUGAUUCAUAUCAUUACAGUGUUCCCCAGGGUAAAAGAGCCAUUGAAUUGCUCUCUGGAAAGGAAGGCAUUAUUUCACAAAUGGUUGAAACAAAACCCCAGAAACAGUACAACCUGAUCUUCUACUUGGGACAUGCUGAUGAUAAAUGUCAACAACCCCUAGCAAUUAUGGCCUUUGCAGGGGAUCAAGCUCAAAACAUUCAUUACAUGCCCAAUUCGAAUGCAACCUUUGAAACUGCAAAUCUUACUUUCACAGCCAAGGCAGAGAGAACUCGAAUUGCAUUCUAUAGCAUCUAUUACAAUACAAGGUCUGAUGACCAUAGCUCCCUAUGUGGGCCUGUGGUAGAUGAUGUGAGGGUAUUGGUGUCCUCUGGGUACCGAAGAAACAUUUUUGGAGAUCUGGGCUUAGGGUUUUUGUUGUUAGUUUUGAUGUUGAUUUAGGAUUCUGGCUAUGUUCAUUUCAUAUUCUAUGUAUGUUUUGGUGAUUCUACGGCGUGGCUAAAUUGGUAAAACAUCCCAAGUCUCUGUUGUAUGUGAGUUUCCCCUUUGUGAAUGUAAACUACCUUAGCUACAUAGCUAUUUAGCUUAGUGAGGUCAAUGAAUGAGCAAGUCUUUUAAGCAUAUCAGUUUUGUGC